AUGGGACGUAAGAGUCUCCUUAACAUAGACUCACGUGGGAUGAGAUCAGAAAUUCACAGAACACUUGGACUGCCAAAACAAAUCUUGAAAAUUCAAGAAGAAAAAAUCGAAACUGUAAUAGCUGUAGAAGGUGGCAAAGUUGGUUUAACAUGUGAUAUUACUCCACCAUCUACCGAAGAUGAUGUAGCGUUAGUACUUUGGUACAAAGACGAAAGUACAACCCCUCUGUACAGUUUGGACUCUCGAAGAAGAGGGUUAUAUCAGGCUAAACACGCUCCCGGACAAGAGAUCAUGGGACGUGCAUUUCUAGAUAUGUCAACAAACCCAACCAUUCUGAAGCUUGAGCAACUAAAAGCUGAAGAUGAGGGCGAAUACAGAUGUAGAGUAGAUUUUAAAAUAGCCAGAUCCAGAAAUUCACUUGUUAUAUUAGAAAUUAUAAUUCCCCCUAAAAAGCCAAUUAUAAAAGACCAAAGUGAGGAUGUUCUGCAAAGGGUGUCUGGUCCCCAUAAUCUCGGCUCCAGAUUAAUACUCAUUUGUGAGGUAGAAGGUGGUAAGCCACCCCCAACAGUGACAUGGUGGAAAGAUUCUAUUCUAUUGGACGAUAGUUAUCAAGUUCACUCGCAUAUAGUUCGGAAUGAGCUGGUAGUUGAUUCCUUGGAUCGAAACGAUCUCCACAGUUCUUUCUCUUGUCAAGCCUCCAAUAAUAAUAUAUCCGCUCCUGUCGUAACAUCUGUCACAUUAGACAUGAAUCUGCCACCUUUAGAAGUUCAAAUUGAAGAUAAAAAACGAGCUCUAUCAGCACAAAAACCAGUAGAGUUGGUAUGUAGGGCAGGUGGUUCACGUCCCCCAGCAAAUAUCACUUGGACGAUAGGACGUCAACCAUUAAAAGGAACAAAAGAAAAAAUUUCUUCAGAAGGUAAUAUCACAACAGGACGAUUAAUAUUUAUACCAACAAUCGAAGACAGAGGAAAAAACAUAUCCUGCAAAGCCGAAAACAUGCUCAUACCUGGUAGUGGAAUAACAGACGAAUGGCAAGUGGAUGUCCACUAUGUGCCUCAAUUGACUCUGAAAUUGGGCAGCAAACUUCGGCAUUCGCACAUUCAAGAAGGGAAAGAUGUGUAUUUGGAAUGUGCAAUAAUCGCCAAUCCUUCUGUAUCAGAAAUCGGAUGGAGAUUUGAAGAUCGCGAGUUGCAUACAAAUAAAUCUGCCGGAAUCAUCGUCAGUAAUCAGUCUCUAGUACUUCAGAGUGUGAAGCGCAGCAAUAGAGGGAAAUACACUUGUACAGCGGAUAAUUCUGAAGGGAAAGGAGAAAGUGCUCCUUUAUAUCUAAAAGUUCAAUACACUCCCGUUUGUAAAUCAGACCAGAAGCUAUUAUAUGGUGUUGCCAGGCAUGAACCCGUAAAAGUUACUUGUGAAAUAGAAGCGGAUCCAUCAAAAGCUAAUUUUACUUGGAAAUUUAAUAACUCUGUUGAAAGUAUGGAUAUAUUGACUUUUAUCACGGAAGAUAGUGUCAGUAUAGCAACAUACAUACCUAGAACAGAAUAUGAUUAUGGCACGCUCUUGUGUUGGGGAAAGAACAGUGUAGGAACGCAAAAAGACCCUUGUGUUUUUACGGUAAUACCAGCAGGUCCACCAGAUCCAGUGCAAAACUGUAGCGUUAGUAAUCAUACAGAAGAAUCAUUAAUGAUAAGAUGCCAAGAAGCAUAUGAUGGUGGUCUUCAGCAGAGUUUCACCUUGGAAACGUAUGACGCUGAACACAUAACGAUGCUUAAUAACAUGUCAAAUCCAGCACCAGUGUUCACUGUUUAUGACUUGACACCAGGAACUAGUUUUGUGAUUGUUAUUUAUGCCUAUAAUGCCAAGGGAAGAAGUGAACCUAAAAUUGUGAGAACGAGUACAUUGGCAACACCUGAAAGUCUCACUCAAAGAGGUCCUCCGGAUCCAGUGCAAAACUGUAGCGUUAGUAAUCAUACAGAAGAAUCAUUAAUGAUAAGAUGCCAAGAAGCAUAUGAUGGGGGUCUUCAGCAGAGUUUCACCUUGGAAACGUAUGACGCUGAACACAUAACGAUGCUCAAUAACAUGUCAAAUCCAGCACCAGUGUUCACCGUUUAUGACUUGACACCAGGAACUAGUUUUGUGAUUGUUAUUUAUGCCUAUAAUGCCAAGGGAAGAAGUGAACCUAAAAUUGUGAGAACGAGUACAUUGGCAACACCUGAAAGUCUCACUCAAAGAGAUGAUCCUUGGCAAACAACCUUUAGUCCAGUUCUUAUCAUCCUUAUUUGUGUCAUCAUAGUUUUCAUUUUAAUAGCAAUAACUAUUGUUUUGGUUGUCAAGUCUCGAAAUAGAUCUGAAAAUGAAAAAGAAAUAUUUAUUUAUUUCAUGCUAGACGUUCAGAAACAACCUGGGAAUGACAAGACAGGGACACCACUUCGACAAGAUUCUGAUGAUCGACGAGAAAUAUUAUCAACAGCCUUAGAAACUGAAGAUAAAUGUCCGGACGUUAUUCCCGGUGUAGAAAUGACAUCAGACUCUCUCAAAAUUGGAGAUAUACACAAACCAGACAGACAUGGAGACGGUUUACCAUGGGAAACGAGAUUGGUAAAUGAAACCAAUACAGCCUUCAGUAGUAUGGAUUAUGCUCCCGGUAGCUGGGGUGUUCAUCAGAGACCAUUACUUAAGCAGGUGCCUUCUCCUUCUGUUCCUCAGAUGCCAACAGGUCCUCUACAACCUUUAAGGGAGUACACUUCUCCAAAUCAGCAUCCACCAGUGCCCCUGCAUACACUCUCACCAGUUUCAACGCCUACAUCUGGAACGACAACACUUCGAGCUGAGUGGACGAUCCCUCGAGCGACGAACAAACCAAAAAACAGACAGACAGACAUAGUUGACAGUCAUGAAUGCAUCGAUCAGCGACUUUGGAUCCCAUCUCAUGUUGACAUAUACGGCAAUGGGCAGGCGGAUGGACUGGCCAAGGAGGGCUGUUAUCACGCUAAUCCUUCCUCUUCAACUCUUACCUUCCUAGAACAUCACUCCAUUGUUAAUUCUGAAAUUUCGAAGGGGUGGAAGAUUCCUCCCUGCCAUGACUGGCCGGCAGCCUCUCCAGAUCUGAAUCCCAUAGAACACAUAUGGGAUCUCAUUGGACGUGGCAUGAACAGAGGACCAAUGGCGCAAACCAUCGAUGAUCUGCGCACAGCAGUGGAUGUGGCUUGGCAAAGGUUACCUCAGGCAACCAUCAAUGGAUUCAUUGAUAGCAUGCCUCGCCGGAUUGAGGCCUGUAUAGCUGUCCGAGGUGGCCACAUUAGAUAG